AUGGCCUGUAACCACCUUGGUGUUACUAAUGCAUUCUUGCAUGGCACUCUCGAUGAGGAUAUUUACAAGGAAGGUCCACAAGGCUAUGAUAUUCCAAAAGGUAAGGUAUGCAAAUUGGAAAUAUCAUUGUAUGGAUUAAAACAAGCUUCUAGGAAGUGGAAUGAGGAAUUCACAAAUAAGAUUAGUGAAUUUGGUUUUGUACAAUGCAGCCAUGAUCACUGCUUAUUUGUGAAGGGAUCAGGUAUGAAUUUAGUAGCUCUACUUGUAUAUGUUGAUGAUAUACUUGUCACAUCUACUUCCAAAAAUUCCAUAAUGAAUGUUAAGAAUUAUUUGGACAAACAUUUUUCUGUCAAACAUUUGGGCAAUGCUAAGUACUUUCUAGGCCUUGAAAUGGCUCGUUCUGAAGAAGGAUUGGUUGUUACUCAACAUAAGUAUGCUCAAGACAUUAUAAAAGAUGUUGGACUUGGUAAUGGCAAGCAUGCCACUACCCCACUACCUCCAAGCUUGAAACUCACUAAAGAAACAGGGCUGCACUCACUGAUCCUUCAAGAUAUAGGAGGCUUGUUGGAAGUGCAGCAAUUAAGUCAACAUCUACAGCAACCAUGUGAGGGACAUUGGAAUGCUGCUAUCCAUGUUGUCAGAUACCUAAAAGGCAGCAUAACUUCAGAUUGGGGAACGUGCCAAUUAACAUGGAAAUCCUUGACUGGAUUUUGCAUAUUUGUGGGAGAAACGCCUGUAUCUUGGAAGAUCAAGAAGCAGACAAUAGUGGCAAGGUCGUCAGCCGAAGCUGAAUAUAGAAGUAUGGCCACAACUACUUGUGAGGUUACCUGGUUAGUUUAUCUGUUGAAGAAUUCGGGAAUCAAAGUUAGGACACAAAUUCCCUUCUAUUGUGACAAUAAGGCAGCAUAA